CUCCGGUUUCCUCCCACAGUCCAAAGAUGUGAGGGUCAGGUGAAUUGGCCACGAUAAAUUGCCUGUAGUGUUAGGUAAGGGGUAUAUGUAGGGGUAUGGGUGGAUUGCGCUUCGGCGGGUCGGUGUGGACUUGUUGGGCCGAAGGGCCUGUUUCCACUACUGUGAAUGGUCACGUAAUUUACUGUGUAAGCGCUAAACAUGGAGUCACGACUCUUGGGCUCCUUGGAUCGUAAAUUUAGAGCUUUAUCCCCAUGUGAUAGUUUGGAGAAAGGCAAGAGAAUGAGGGCAGCACUGUUUGGUCUUGAAAAGAAGUUAAACGAUUCUUUUGACUUCAGCAAAACAUUUCCACGCUUAGCAAAGCCUGCACUGCGGAAGGUACCUCCAGGCACCCACUGGAACUUGGAAUCUUUCACAGGAGAAUCUCUGAACUCCUACAGUUAUUCCUCUGUGGCCUCCCGAAACCUUCUCGUGACUGAUCUCAGUGGUUCCAUUUCUUGCCCUGGGCCUGGGUCAGCUUCUAAUAUAUCAAGCAACUUUUGGAAUCUUCUCGGAAGCGAUGGCAAUUCUACCCUACCUGCUGCCGUGCGCAACCCAAACAAAGCUAUCCUUACAAUUGAUGGCCUGACUACAGAGAUAUUAGUGGCCAAUGACAUGGCUUGUAAGCUGCUUUGUUACAGUAGCAAAGAGCUAAUUGGUCAGAAGUUGUCGUUACUCGUGUCAAAGUCCAGUCAUGAGCUGGAAGAGGUGCUGAAUGAAGAACAUCCAGAACUUGAUGGACGAGUUGUGACUAUCUCUGGAAAAGUGAUUGACAUUAUUAGUAGCAGUGGAGUGGAGAUCCCUGUAUCAGUCUGGAUGAAGCGCAUGACUGGUGAAGACAGGCAGUGCUGUGUUGUGGUGAUGGAACCUGUAGAGCGACUUACUGCCUCUGUCACAUUCACAGGCAGUGGAAGAAUUGUAUCCUGUGAUGCAUCGUUUGCUUAUCUCCAUGGAUACACAUCUACAGAUGAAAUAAUAGACUUUGCAAUAACUGAUCUUAUUCCUUCAAUAAAGAUACCCUCAUCUUGCACAAAGAUACCAAAGAAUUUGAAAAUUCAGCGUGCAGCUGGCAGAACAAAAGGUGGCACUACUUUUCCUCUCAGCAUUAAACUGAAUGAUAAAGGCCUGCAGGGGCCAAGCAGUGAAGGCCAUCAACCUCCUCAUCCACCAGAUCUCAGUUAUGCAGAUGUAUCUGUGGAAGAUGAUGUGAAUCAGAAAGUGGUUUUCUCGGGAGUUGUGUGGGUUUUCACUACCAUCAGUGGACUGAUCACUCUUCUGCCAGAUGGAACAAUUCACAGUUUGAAUAAUAACUUUGCACUGAUGCUGUUUGGAUACGAGAGCAGAGAAUUACAGGGCAAGAAUAUUACAUUCCUAGUUCCUGGUUUCUAUGACUACAUGGAUCCUAUUGAUGAUGGUUUUAUACCAUUGCCAUUACUGGAUGAUUGUAGUCAGGAAGUAGAGGUUUGUCGUAAUGGUGAGGCAAGUGAAGGAGAAUGCCACAGUUACUCGGUGUUAUCUGACAAUGUAGAGGAUAGCAUUAACCCACUGAGCAGUGACAUCGAGGUACCUAACAUACUCCCCAUAGUGUCUGCUACAGUGAGAAAAGAUCCAAGUCCAUUGCUUGCUGGGGAUACGAGUCUUUUACAACAGCAGCAAGAACAAUGUGGCCAUGAGCUGAGUGUCUCGAUUUUUACUGGAACCAGUUCAAGGCUAGAUGCUGAUGGUAGCCUCCCUUCCACCAUAUCAUCUCCCAAAGUCACCUCUACUCCUUCCAACAGGCCAGGGAGUGACAACGCAAAUGAACAAACUGUUGCCCAGACUGAUCAGUGUUACACUAUGGGUGAGAACAGUAAUUCCUUACUGCUUUCGGAAAGUAGGACUGGCACACAGGACCAUUUCAGAAUGCAAUCCACCACAUCUCACUGGCCAAAACAGACAGAGAGCAUUUCAUUUCGCUCUGACGAGGUUUGCCCAGAGGAAAGCCAGGAAAUUUUGUGUCCAAAAGACUUAACAGAGACGCUGCACUGUACUGUAGAAUCUGGGAAUUAUCCAAUUUCAGUAGCAUCGGCAACAGUCUGUGAAGGAGUGAGUCCAUUUCCACGGUUACCAGUUCUAAAUCCACUCGGGUCCACGUUUGGUAUCCCAACCUGUCUGCCAGGAGAUGUGAUUCACAGUUUGAAUGGUAACUGCAAUUUUAUUAGAGAGCACCAUAGCAAAGUCUAUGAUUCCCCAGGAACUCCCACCUUGGAUGAAGCGUUGCCUGGAAAUAGAACCUGUACCUACAGUACUUUAGAAAACAAAUAUGAUGAAUGUGACUUUAUGUCUGACAAUUGUAUCAGUGGUAAAUGCAAUACUUUAGGUACAGCUAACAAAGUGGGUUUGUGCUCUCACUCACUCACUCUGCUACCUGAUGACCUCAAAGAACAAAUGAGUGCCUGCAAUAGCAUUUCUCUGGACAGGCUAAACAGACAAAUAAAAUUAUCUUCAAGACAGUGUAGUCACAGUGGCACAGAGGCUCUAAAUGCAUCUGAUGCUGAUGUGAACCAGAUUCUCUCUGGUUUCAAAGAUUUGGAACUCAGCAGUGACUCUGAGUUGGUUUCUAUAGAUCAAUCAUGCACUUCUUGUGCUACCUCAGAACUUCUCAGGACUCCAUCUCCCUAUGUGAUAGAUUCGGAUCUUGAACCAGAAGCUGAGAGGAGUAGCACAGGUUCCCUAGCAGCUGAUUUGGAAGAGCCAAUGAUUAUGGGUACCUCCAGUUGCAGUGACCAAAGUGGAAAGUUAACCAGCUGCUGUGUAACUGCAUCAGAACAGAUUGCUGAUCCCAUGUUGGUUGGUGAUUUACGUGAAGGAUCAAUUUACAGCCAGGAUCGUCACUAUAAUAAUGAAAUGAUGAGCAGCAGUGAACUCUCACUGUGGCAAAGUCCUUACUUGGAAAUGUCAGAAAGUAAGGAUGUGUUGGAGGGGCAUGUGACAUCAACACCAAUAGCCAAGAAGCAGCUGAAAAGUCAAGCUUCUGUAGGCCCCAACAAUGAAAUUUACGAAGGGAACUACACGGGAAACUGCUAUCACAGGGACGGUUCCAGGCUCUGUAUUGUGUUUCAGGUUAAAUGUCUGCAUUUACAAGAUGGAGGAAAGUUGUAUUGCACAUGGGUAGUGCGUGAUCAUAUUCAGAGUCGGAGAGAAGCUGCACUAAAGUCUCUUCUAAUGUCCACCCUGAACACUACCUCCCUGUCUGCAGACCACUCUCUCAGCUUAGGAGAGGCUAUAAUAGAGACUGCCAGGUCGAAUGGUUUGAAGAGUUCAGAGGAGCUGGAAGCAAUGAAAGCUUGUGAAGGGGAAUACUCCGAAUAUUAUAACACACUGAGCCCACUGGGGAAAGGAGCUUUUGGCUUUGUGUGGACAGCCAGCCAAAAGCUCACCAAGCAAGAGGUUGUGGUGAAAUUUAUUCGGAAGGAUAAGAUUGUGGAGGACUGCUGGGUGGAUGAUGUGGACUUAGGCAGAGUAAGUCAAGAGAUUGCAAUCCUUGCGAGGCUCAACCAUCCGAACAUAAUCAAGGUACUUGAUGUGUUUGAGAACCUGGAUUUCUUUCAGCUUGUGAUGGAGAAACAUGGAGUUGGUUUGGAUCUCUUUGAGUUCAUUGAUCAACAGCCAGACCUAGAUGAACCAUUGGCAAGCUUCAUAUUUAGACAGAUUGUGGCUGCAGUGGAUUACCUACACAGCAAGUGCAUUCUACAUCGGGAUAUCAAAGACGAGAAUGUGAUUAUUGAUGAGGAUUUCACUGUCAAACUCAUUGACUUUGGUUCAGCUGUGAAUUUGGAACCUGGGAAGGUUUUCCAUACAUUUUAUGGAACAAUUGAAUACUGUUCCCCGGAGGUGCUGAUGGGAAACCCGUAUUCUGGGCCUGAAUUGGAGAUCUGGUCCCUGGGAGUGACCUUGUAUACCCUAGUCUUUGCAGAGAAUCCAUUCAGUGAUGUGGAAGAGACAGUAGCAGCUAAGCUAAAACCACCUUUUCAAGUAUCAGAUGAAUUUAUGAAGCUGGUGUCCUGGAUGCUGCAGCCUGAUCCUCACCAGCGCCUGAGCCUAGAGGAGCUAAUGAAGAACUCCUGGGUGAUUCAGCCAGUGAACCUAGCACUGUACACCUGGGAAGAGGUGUACUCCAGCAAAGGAAGACUCUCAAGAAACUGUUCUGCAAUGGUUGGAGAGAACUGCCAGGAUUUCAAAACUUCUCUGAAGUUAGCAGGCAGAAGGAGUGAGGUGUGUGCCAGUGAGGAUCACCUCCCAGAUGGCCAUGGAUGUUGCGAGCAGUAUGGGAGUGAUGAAGAGAAUGUGGAUCACCAAACACUGCCAUCUUCUGAGGAACUCCAAGCUGACCUUCUCGAAUACCUGCUUAGCCAGGACUGAGGGGAACAUUCUCAUGCUAUAAGCAGGGUAGCUGCACUUGCACUUGUUUUUAAUUUGAUUUAAUUCCUUUUAUUUUCAUCCUGUAAUUUUAAUUACCUAGUGCUGUGCGGAAUCAGUGAUGUCUACUGCAGGCCGAAGAAUGGAGUGGCUGUCAGAGCUUAGUAGUGUGCUGGAGUGGGAGGCAUCAUGCUGUGGGGGACUGCUGAACUCCAUGCUAAUCCUUCAUCUCUAGACAGUAAUUGGUGUUGAGUAAAACUCCUGAAGCAGCUGCAGGUCACAUUUAGCUAUCCCUCAUCAUUGAUCCUAGGUAGGAGUGCCAGCAAAAAUAGCCUCUAUACCAAGUCACAUCUAAUUUUCCAAAUGUGCAUUUUGACUGAACAGCAAUUGAAAAUUUUCUCUUGCCUUGGUAUACCGAAGUAGCCAUAGAUUGAUCAUUAUUUCUCCAGUUACAACUCCUUUUAAUUGUACACAGAUUAGGCAAUUCAAAUCCAUUCCAGGGGCUUUCAGAUGAUUAUUGCUGCUGAUUUGAGAUGCCCUGGAAUUAAUACUUCUCUUUAUUUGAAACAAUUGGCACUUGUUUUAUCACAUACUUCCUUCAUGCAACAGGAACUUAGAAUGAGUGACAGUGGAGCCUGUUCGGAAUAGAAGUCACUUCUGGGGAUGAGUGGAACUCUGGGAGAAAAACACGUGUCUAUGAAGGCAAGGAAUUUGGUCAGUUUGUAAAGAUCCAAAUCAGGGAAGGAGAAAUGCAGAACUUACCCCAUGCAAACGAGCUGUCUGCCUGCGACACAAUAUUGCACAGCGAUCAUUCCGUCUCUCACACUCUCUUCUUAACCCACAUCCUCAACAAAGACUAUCCAUUGCAUGCAACCGAUGCAUAAAAUAUUGAAUCCAACAAGUUGCCUAAUGAUAGGAGUAUGCAAACAGCACUGUCCCUAUCACAGGCUGUGCACAAGUUGAGGGUGAGUGCUUUACUCCCACUUCAUUGAUAAAGUGGUGUUUCAGAAAAGGGCAGUCUGAUGUCCUUAGAUAACAACUUGAUAUAUUCAUGUACUGAAUGAUAGUCAGAACCUCUAAUUUUUGGCAAAUAUGAAUAUUACAAACUGCUUAACAAAUUACUUGGAGAAUUUCCUUCCACUUUACUGUUUUAACUAGGGAGCUCAUGUCUAACAUGUUAAGGCAGAUCAGCAGACUGUGUCACAGGUUAACAUGCAUUAGACUGGUAAUGAAAAUCUGAAUGCUUACCUGAAAGUGCCUUAGUCCAGAAAGAAAUGCAAAUUCACCCUAAAGAACAAAUCCAAACUGAAAUAACUAUAUACUGACUAUGCUGUUUUUUUUGAGUGGCUACACAAUAGUUGGGAGCAUGUUUG